AAGCAGUUUUCCAAAAUCCGAGCUAAAAUCAUGUCUCGUGUGAGAGAAUACAGGUCAGGAGAGCCAAUAAAGCCGAGCCCUUCUUUCCUCCUAGCCCCUUUGGACUGUUUGACGCCACACAGCGUCUCUGAACUCAUAAAAUCCUAUUUUGACGAGUUUACAAUGGAGGAACCAGCUCAGAGACUACAAAUAGAGAAACAAGCAGAGUUCAUCAAGGAAGCAGCCACUGAAGAAGGAGACGAAAAGACCAAAGAGGAAAAUGAGGUGGCCAAGGAAAAGGAUGAGGAAGUGCUCAUAACUGAAGAAGAUAAUGAAGAAGUUGCUGUAGUUGAUUCAUCAAAAGAUCCUCAACCUAAAUCUUCCCUAGCACCACCACCAACAAUACUAGUACCUCCUCCAGUAGUACCUGCUGCAGCAGUACCUGAAGAUUUAUCAACUGCUCUUAUGGAAUUAGGAGACGAUAAGAGAAAAGAGUAUGUAGAGGCUUAUCAGAAGAGAAACAGCACGUACGUCCAGAUGGAGCAGAACAUUCAUUAUGCCAUAUCCCGCCAGCUCUCUGAUCAAGAGGCUCAGUUGAAAUCAGCACGUAACACUUACCCUAACUUUAAUAGUCUCUUCUUAUUGCAACAGCCUUGUCCAAUAUCGAAAUAUUUAAAUGAGAAACUCUUAAAAGAAGGCGGACUGCUGGUACCCGGUGAUUAUCAACCAGUGACUACUAAUGCUCCUUCACAUCAGCCACCUCCAAAGGAAUGGCCGGUUUUCAUGCAAAGUACAGUAUCAUCAAAUAAACGGGCAAAAGUUGACUCCUUGGCAUUUAAGAAGUUACCACGCAAGCUUCCUCCUAUCUGGAAGGACUCCAUGUCUUCAUUAGAGAGAGAGGAGGCUAAGAAGUCUUUGAAAGAGCUUUAUAGGAAGAGAGACUUUAUUCGGAGUCCAAGGCAUCUUCCAGAAGAGUAUCAUACUAACACAGCGAGUUUUGGAUCACUCAGGAAGCGUCAAGCAGGAGAGAAAGGAAAGCCGGUUAAAAGCAGUAAAGUGAAGAGAUUGUUUCAGGCUGAACCAACAGAAGUUAUAUUCACAGACUAUGUACCAGGGAAAACAUAUGAGUGUGUACUUCAUCUUAAGAAUAUUAGUGAUUCAUGCCGUCAUGUAUCAAUUACUGCACCUUCCACUCCUUAUUUUAGAGCUAGUCUCAUCCAGUUUCCAAAUGCAGAAGGUAUAAUAGCUCCUGGUAUGUCAUGUUCGUACUCAAUUAGUUUCACUCCGGACUCACUAGCUGAUUUCUCUGAUAAAAUAAAAGUUUUAAGUCAUGUUGGAGUUGUAUUGAAUGUACCACUUGUUGGUUAUAGAUCACCUCCUAAUCUUUCAUUAUCAUCAGAAUGGCAGUGUGGUCAUUGUCUGGUUGGUGGACAUUCAUCAUUAACAUUACACUGUACUAAUAGUGGAGGAGAGGGAAGUUUCAGACUGACAUUACCUGAAGAUACCACCAAUAAUGAUAAUGAUAAAGAUGAUCUUAGAGUAGGCCCUUUCACGGUUAAUCCUAGUCACUUCUUUCUCUCUAGAAAUGAAUCCAUUAAUAUUGAAGUAACAUUUGAUCCUCAAGAAGCAAUCACUUACUCUCAUCAGCUCAUAUUAGUCUGUAGUAAUGGGCAAACUAAAACUAUCACAAUAUUAGGUAUUGGAGAGAUGGUUAAAAUUGAUUGUACAUCAAUCAUGUCCUCAAGAGAAGAUACAUUGAUCAGAGGUGAUACUGAUACUGAUACUGAUACUGAUAUUGUUAGUAUUGAUGAUCCUGUACUGUUGUUUAAUGACACUAAUAAUGGAGUUGAAGUACAUGGGACUGUCGUAGUAAAGAAUUUCAAUAAUGUUCCGCUGUCAUUUGAGUGGAUAUUCUAUCACUCACGUACUGAACUAACUCAUCAUGAUGGCAGUACAGAGAUUACUCCUCCUUUGUCUCUUGACCCUCAGUCCAUACCAUUCACUAUUGAUGCACCCAAAGGAUCUUUAUCACCCAAUGAAACUAAACCAUUCACAUUCUGCUUUACACCAAAAGAGGAAGGCAGUUUUCAAUGUAUGUCUUAUCUUGAGUUGACUGGUUUGGCAAGGGAUUGUCUCAAUCAUGAAGAUGAGGGGGUGACAUGGCUUAAUAUGAAUAAAGAUAAUGACAAUGAUACUGUGAGGGCUGCUCUAUUGUGUAUCAAUGUACAAGGAAAUACUGAGCCUUAUGCUCUUGAGUUUUCUCCUCCGUUUUUUUACUUUGUUGAAGAUUUGCCAGCUUGUGCUGAGACUAGACAAUCCUUUGUGAUAAGGAAUCAUAGUCUUAGUAAAGUAAAGUUCUCCUGGUCUUCACUAAAGACAGAGGCUGCUUAUAUAAGUAUUGAACCAAACAGUAGUCAUAUUAUGCCUGGAGGUAGCUGUUCCUGUGAUCUCAUUAUUAAUACUGGUACCAGGAAAGGCUCAUUUGAUGUGAAGCUUCAAUGUCAUGUAGAACAUUCCAACACUCACUUUAUGCUACCAGUUAGGGGGAAUGUUAAAGUUCCAUUAGUGACAGUUAAUGUUCCAUCGUUAGAUUUUGGACUCAUAGAGUUAGGAGAGAGUGCUUCCCUUUCACUCAAAAUUUCUAAUUAUUCGAAUGCAUUGUUGCAUUAUAAAUUAAAUCAAAUAGUAGUACUAUCAGAGGAUAAUAAAGAUGGAGCAUUACUACCUUUUGUGGAUUAUGAAUGUUUGAGUAUGAGUCCAUCAGAAGGUCAGAUGCCAUCUUGUUCUUGUGUAUCUAUCAGUGUUGAGUGUUCACCUAAAGUGCAGUGUGGGAGACUAAGGACAACACUGGAAUGCCUCAUUGAAGGAGACAGAAUGAAUGUGUUGGAGGUUACUGCAGAGAUACAGUGUCCAAUGCUAAUAUUGUCAGAAUCAUUCCUUCACAUUGAGAAUUGUUACAGGAACGUACCAGUCACUCAUACGCUGACACUCAUCAACACUUCACAAUUACACACUCAGUUUGAAUGGAUCAACGAAGAAAGAGAUCAUGUUGAUUUGGUAUUUUCUCCUGAUCAUGGACCAAUUGGGCCACACGAGAGCAUCAACAUAGAACUCAAAUCAACAUGGAAGACUAAAGGAUAUAUUGCUGGCAUGAUUGCUGUGUGUUGUGCAAGGGGCAUGAAGUAUCCAGUAGUACUGUCACUCUCUGCUCAUAUAUCAGGACUAACAGUUGAAUAUUCUUUAUUAGCAAACGAAAAUAAUAACAAUACUCUCUCGUUGCCACUGAAGAUGGAUUUUGGUUCCUCUAAUUGUGUGAGGGAGCCUCAGAGCCUCCAGUUGAUAGUAACCAACACUUCAGGAAUAUCCAGCCAACUCGCUGUCUCUGUCAGACAUUUCCCUGCACCGCUGAUCAAUGGAGGAGUGAAUAAAAGAAAGCACAAAUCAAUGCUAUUGAAGGCAACUCCUAACAUUGCUAAUCCUUCUAGCAAAACAGAGAAACAAGCAAAAGAAGAGUUGAUCACUCAGCUACUGUCUGAUGGUAGAGGUGCUUGUCUUACCAUUGAGCCAUCAAAGUGUCCGCUAUUAGCUUUUGAGUCUAGGAAGAUUAAUAUAACUGCUUAUUCUGACAUGUGGGGAGAAUACACUGACCAGCUCAUCUGUAAAGUUGAUGGUAUUGAUGCUCAUGUCAUUCCAGUCUCUUAUGGUGUGACAUCAAGUCCAAUAUACUUCCAACCAACAGCUACUUAUGACAACACGCUCAUCAGGUUGGGUUGUCAUCAGGUUGAUUCAGAAGUGGUCAGACGGAACAUUGUUUUUAGCAAUGUUUGUUCAUCAGCUGUUCGUAUUGAUUGGAGGUCAUUCAUUUUUAAUCCUCAAGAUGAUAAGAUUAUUGAUUUAGUAACUUAUGUCGGUCACCCCUUCCCUCUACAAGAUAGUAAAGAUGAUAAACACAAACAAGAAGAAGAAGAAGAAGAAGAAGAUCCAUGUACAAGUACUUCUCCAUUAGUAAGAGCACACAUCUUCCCUCAUGAAGGUAGCCCCACUAGUGACAUACAUCUAAUACCAAAUCAACUGAUUGUUGAGCCUCAUAGUAAGGCCAGUGUCACUUUGAGCUUUGACCCUAAAGCAUCAGUUUAUAGCACUGUUGGUGAACAGAUCAAUGGAUAUGUAUUAGGAUAUAUGACCCUAUCUGACAAGCCUGCUCCAUUUGCCAACAGAGCUCAUGGAUACAAUAUUCAACCUGUCAGGAUCAAUGUGUCUGCCUCACUCACACAACCAAAACUAACAUUAAGGACACAUACUGAUGACAAUGAUUUGAGUUUUCAACACUUUGCAUCAGAUUUUAUUUUCAAUGGAGAAGUUAGUAAGAAGAUGGUUCAUUCCCACUCUUUCAGUCUUACCAAUCUGACUCUCUCUAAUCUUACAUUCCGUGUACUCUCUUUAUCUGAGCCACUGAUGGUAUUAAUGAAUAAUGAAGAGGUUUAUUCAACACUUAAACCAAGAGAAACUAUUGAAGGAUCAUUACACAUUUGUUUAACUCAUGAAGCUUUCAUGGCUCUUGUGAAAGAUGAAUCAGCACCAGAGGAUCUGGUGACAUUAAAUGAUUCACUUGUUGUUGAGUAUUCUAACAGCAUCAAACAGGAAUUCCCAAUCAGUGUGAGAGUGUCUCUACCUUCCCUCUCAGUCUAUCCAUCUCAUAUCAAUUAUAACACUUGUUUGAUUGGACACUCCUCAUUGUCUAGUUUCCAACUGAGAAAUACUUCGCAUUCAUCACUCAAAUGGAAUAUCACACUACCAGAAAAAUUAUCAAGAGUAAUACAGUUAGAGCCUAACUCUAAUGUGCUCGAUACUGGAUCUGAAACUGUUCGGGUUACAUUCACUCCUAGAGCUGAAAUUAAAUAUUCAAUUGAGCUCCUUAUUACGGAGGAGAUAACAGGAAAAAGUUUCACUGUUACUGUAACUGGUAGAGGCUCGUCUAACGAGAGAUACAAGAGACAUAGAAGGAAAUGAGAGAAAUUUUCAUUUAAAGAAAAGACAGAGAAAUUUAUUUUAUGCACAUGUACAUGUACAUUGUAAUUGUUAUUGUUGCCUCAUUACUGUGGUUUCAUCAAUAUGGCCUCCUUUA